UUCACAUCUGCAAUUCCCCACCUCCGAGCCAAACACCUCGUCCCUCACUCCCACUUCCACCUUCGAAGCUCCAGCGGCAGCCAUGGCCCCCAAGGCAGACAAGAAGCCGGCCGCCGAGAACAAGGUCGAGAAAGCGGCGGAGAAGACCCCCGCGGGCAAGAAGCCCAAGGCCGAGAAGCGGCUGCCGGCAGGCAAGACGGCGUCCAAGGAGGCCGGCGGCGAGGCCAAGACGAGGGGCCGGAAGAAGGGCAGCAAGGCCAAGAAGGGCGUGGAGACGUACAAGAUCUACAUCUUCAAGGUGCUGAAGCAGGUGCACCCGGACAUCGGCAUCUCCUCCAAGGCCAUGUCCAUCAUGAACUCCUUCAUCAACGACAUCUUCGAGAAGCUCGCCGGCGAGUCCGCCAAGCUCGCCCGCUACAACAAGAAGCCCACCAUCACCUCCAGGGAGAUCCAGACCUCCGUUCGCCUGGUCCUCCCCGGCGAGCUCGCCAAGCACGCCGUCUCUGAGGGCACCAAGGCUGUCACCAAGUUCACCUCCUCUUAGACUGACGCUGCGUCGCUUGUUAUGACAGAUGUAGUUGGCUGCUGUUUUCUUCUGUUAGUGGUCGCUGACUCUGCUUAUGUAUCUCCGACUAGUGGUAGGAAUGGUCCUCUCUGUGCUGGAUGAUUGCCAACGCUUCGUUGGCUCGUUGGUUGUGAGAACUGAAGUUGCUAAUCUAUCUGAAUGUUAUUGUUUCAAGUAGUA